ACCACGUGUCUGCGCGCAUGCGCAAUGAUACUAUGGAAACGCAAUGCGCGAUGCAAUGGGCGGGGCUAAGUGUGUGCGCACAAAAAAAACAAAGAGCGAGCUAGCUUAGCAGACCACUGAUCGGGGGGUGAGCGACUCAUCUUACAAAGUGUGGUGUGGAUGUGCUGAAGAGAAGUGUUUUCCACACAGUUUAGUAGCUCAAAAAUACCGCAAUGGGUCUCCUGUCGCUGCUACGCAAAUUCCGCAAGCAACCGAGCCGCGAGCUGCGCAUCCUGAUCCUGGGGCUGGACAAUGCAGGCAAGACCACCGUACUCCGGGUCCUCGCAUCCGAGCAAGACGAGAUAAAAAACACCACACCAACCCAGGGAUUCAAUGUAAAGAGUGUUCAUUCACAAGGAUUCAAACUGAAUAUAUGGGACAUCGGAGGUCAAAGAACAAUUCGGCCGUACUGGAAGCACUACUUCGAAGGAACAGAUGUAUUGAUAUUUGUCGUGGACAGUGCGGACAUGAUGAGAAUGGACGAAACUGGAGAGGAGCUGAGUGAGUUGCUGCAGGAGCACAAGCUAGCUGGAGUGCCACUCCUGGUAUUUGCCAACAAACAAGACCUGGAUCUAGCCAUGCCCCCAGACGAGCCUGCUGGUUAUGCAUCACCAGACCUUCAACACAACUUAUUAAUUUUUCCACAGAUUGCUGAGAAGUUUCAGUUGACGUCACUCACAGAUCGUCGCUGGCAGAUCCAACCUUGCAGUGCUCUCAGGGGAGAAGGGAUACAGGAAGGCAUGGACUGGAUGGCCAAGAAUGUCUCCACCUCAAAAUGGUAGCCCACCCCAUCCUAACAGCACACACACACAACAACUGCCCAAUCACACACACUUCACCCGAACACAACAUGACAACACACUUCACAUACAGUGCAUAAUAUUAACUGUACUGUUUUUAUGCAUUUUUAAUAUACAUGAAAACUACACAAAACACAAAUACACAUUAGAAGUAGCACAAAAAUGAAGGUAGUGUGUCUCAU